AUAAAUUGGUGAGCAACUGCUACGAGUUAUCAUUUUGAACGGAGAUCGGUAAAUUUAUUCGCGGACGUAAUAAAUCUAGAUCGAAUUUUAUUAUUAUUUAACAUGUUGCUCUUGAGACAAAAUGGUUUGUGGUUCGGCUUAAUUUUACUACUGUCAAUAGUUCUUGUGGACGCUGAAUACGACAAUACACCACAACCUUCGGAAGAAGACAACUCAUCCUCAGAGGCCACCAUUGAGGAUUCCAAUGAAUCUCGUCGCAAGCGAUCAUUAGAGGCUACAAGUGUCGAUAAUAACAACAAAGUCGGGGAUGGAAAGUUAAUGCCAAGGGCCGGUAUACCAGGAUUACCUGAUCCAAUGACAAUUCUCAAAGUCGCAGAAAUUCUACAAGCUUUGGGUGAGAAAGUUGUACCGAUUCUUGUUGAAGGUAAUUCUGUGGCAAACCUAGUAGCGGAAAGGUUAGACAAAGACUAUGCAUUUUUAAAAGACUUGAAAAAAGAAAUAGAUGCGUUGACCUACUAAAAAUAGUUAAUAUAUUAAUUAAAACAUUUUUUAAACAAGUGCAAACAUAUUUCAAAUAUUUGAUUAAUAAAUACUUUAUUCCAAAACAUUUUGUUCUACUUACAAUUUCUUUAAU